AUGACGGAGGGCUUCUCUGGACGCGCUCCAUCAUUAGCUGCGUUAGCAAUAUUCCUGCGCGGUGAAUAUUACGCCGCCGCCGCCGCCACCGCCACCGCCGCCAUCGCUCACGCCAUCGCCGCGCUAAGCAGCAGCGCUCAUAGUCCCAACUGGUCCACCGCCGUGGAGUCGGCGUGGUCUCCUCCCCCGGUCCGCUUCCAGCCCCCGGAAGGACCCAGCGGUCCCUGGCGCUGCCCUCAAUGCAUGCUGAAGUGUAGGGUCAGACCUACACGUUCCCACUGCCCAGUGGGAGCCGUAUUGGUCGUGUUGAAACGUGUAAGCCUUGACCUACACAUGAAGAUGAAGUCAUCCGUGCUCAGUGUGUUGACUAUUGUAAUGUGUGCGUUUUUCAGCACGGAAUUCAGUGUCGCCACAGAAACGAAAGAAAAUGUGACAGUCGCUUCUCCAAAACAGGGUCAAUGCCCGCGGGCGCUGCCGGACGAGGAACCGUCAAUCAGGGGCUGCACACGUGACCAGGACUGUCCCGGAGGGCACAAGUGUUGCGUGUUCGAUUGCGGGGCUGUUUGCGUUGCGCCUGCUUUCAGGAAGCCGGGAGUUUGCCCCCCCAGGCACUGGGGAGUCGGGAUGUGCGCCGAGUUCUGCUCUGAGGACAACGACUGCCCCCACCAUGAGAAGUGCUGCUCCAACGGUUGUGGACAUCAGUGCACGGCCCCGUACACAGUGAAGCCUGGGCGUUGCCUGGCGCCCCAGCCCACCAACAUGUGCGCCGAGUUCUGCUACCAAGACGGCCAGUGUCCCGGGGAGCAGAAGUGCUGCCGGACCACGUGCGGCCACGCCUGCAGCGAGCCCUAUAAAUCCUUCUGCCGCGCAGUGGGAGCUUCAUUGGUUGCGUUGCAACUUGAAAGCAUUGACCUGGACAUGAAAAUGAAUUUCUCUGUAUUGAGCGUGUUGACUUUGGUAUUAAUCUGUGCGUUUUAUUCAGAAAUUACCGUUGAUGCACGACCUGGAGCAAAAAAAGGCCUUUGCCCCCCUAGCCAAGGGUUUGGGCUGUGCAUUGAUUACUGCAGUGGAGACCAUGACUGCCCUAACAAUCAGAGGUGCUGCUCCAAUGGAUGUGGACAUCAGUGCACUGAUCCUUACAUAGUGAAGCCGGGAGUUUGCCCCCCCAGGCGCUGGGGGCUGGUCGGGGUGUGCGCCGAGUUGUGCUCUGAGGACAACGACUGCCCCCACCAAGAGAAGUGCUGCUCCGCCGGAUGUGGACAUCAUUGCACGGCCCCGUACACAGAAGUGAAGCCGGGAGUUUGCCCCCCCAGGCGCUGGGGGCAGGUCGGGUUGUGCGCCGAGUUGUGCUCUGGGGACAACGACUGCCCCCACCAAGAGAAGUGCUGCUCCAACGGAUGUGGACAUCAGUGCACGGCCCCGUACACAGAAGUGAAGCCGGGAGUUUGCCCCCCCAGGCACUGGGGAGUCGGGGUGUGCGCCGAGUUGUGCUCUGGGGACAACGACUGCCCCCACCAAGAGAAGUGCUGCUCCAACAUUUGUGGACAUCAGUGCACGGCCCCGUACACAGGAUAG